GAUGGGUUUUUCCCCCCUGAAUAAACAAACUGUGUUCAAACAGUAAAGUUUGUACUUUGGAGUUAGCAGGUGUAGAGCCAUCACUGCACUUUGAAAAUGAAGCUAGUGUCUUUGAGUUUGUUGCUGUGCAGCUUCCAUUUGGCUUCUCCAGCUCCGGGCCCAGUGUUCCUCUCCGGCCGGGCGGCUGUCAGUCUGCUGAGGAGACAGAAACGUCACAACACGGGAGUGUUCGAAGAGCUCCUGCAGGGAAACCUGGAGAGAGAGUGUGUGGAGGAGGUUUGUGACCUUGAAGAGGCCAGAGAGACAUUUGAGGACGAUGAGCAGACGAUGGAGUUCUGGGCUGGAUAUAUCGAUGGAAACCAGUGUAAGCCCAACCCCUGUCUGAACCAAGGCUCCUGUAAAGACAACCUGGGCUCCUUCACCUGCACCUGUCUCCACGGCUUCACUGGCAUCAAAUGUGAGAUUGCCUUAGCAAAGAGGUGUGACGUGAACAACGGCGACUGUAUGCACUUCUGUGAGACCAUGGGGAACUCUGGAGCUGCAUGUUCCUGCGCCACAGGAUACAAGCUGCUGGACGACGGGAGCUGUAAACCAGAAGGUGAAUUUCCGGGUGGCCUGACAGAAGUGAGUGAAGGAUUCAGGAGGUCUAUGUUCAACAAUGACAGCACAGGAGCUAACACGUCACUGAGCAACUUCACCUCCAGCACAUCUCCUCCCUCCUCCACUCCUCCCGUCAACACCACUGCAUCUGCUACGACCACAGCCCCUCCUGACCCAAGCCCGUCUCUGAACGACCUGUGGUCCUAUAAUGACACGGAGGAGACCAUGGAGAAACCAUUUCAUCGCAUCGUAGGGGGUGAGGCGGUGACAAGUGGGGAGAUCCCAUGGCAGGUGGCCUUGAUAUUACGGUCCAGUGGUGAGUUGUUCUGUGGAGGCUCCAUCCUCAGCCAGAGCUGGGUCAUCACUGCUGCUCACUGUCUGGUGGAGAUAGAGGAAGAGUUCAUCGUCAGAAUAGGUGAAUACAACAUCCUCAUCCAAGAAGACACAGAGCAGGAUUUUGAAGUGUUGGAGAAACACGUUAACCCACUCUACGACGCUGAUGAAAGUUUGUACAACCACGACAUCGCCCUGCUGCACCUCAAAACCCCCAUCACGUUCUCCACCACUGUUCGUCCCAUCUGCAUCGGACCGCAGGCUUUUACUGAGGCCCUCAUUACCACGUCCUCCCCGGCUACAGUCAGCGGCUGGGGUCGGAUGCGCUACAUGGGCGCUACGUCGAACACGCUGCAGAAGGUGGAGAUCCCGGUGGUAGACCGGACAGACUGUACACACAGCAGCAGCACCAAGAUCAGCCACUCCAUGUUCUGUGCUGGAUACAAUAACGUGGCCAAAGACGCCUGUCAGGGGGACAGCGGUGGUCCGCAUGCAAACCGCAUCCAUGACACGUGGUUCCUGACGGGCAUUGUGAGCUGGGGGGAAGAGUGUGCAAAGGAUGGCAAAUAUGGUGUGUACACACGGGUGUCUCUUUACUACAACUGGAUAAACCAGGUCACGGGAUUAGAUAAGACAGGGUUGUAGCGCACGUAGAAGAUCCUGAAAUGGUGUUUAGAUAAAGUAUGACUGUAUAUUUUCUAUUUUGGUAUGCAACUCUACUUUGUUCAUAUUCAUUUAAUCAUUUAUAUGAGUUCAUGUUUAUAAAUCUGAAACUUAAAUGUAAAACAAUUAUAAAUUAAAAUAAUAUGCAAUAUCUCUAAA